GGAGAGAGAGAUCAUGAGAGAGAGAGAAAGAGAGAGAGAGAGAGCGAGAGAGAGAGAGAGAGAGAGAGAGAGAGAGUGAGAGACAGAGAGAGAGGGAGAGAUAGAGAGAGAGAGAGAGAGAGAGAGAGAGAGAGAGAGAGAGAGAGAGAGAGAGAGAGCGAGAGAAAGAGAGAGAGAGAGAGAGAGAGAGAGAGAGAGAGAGAGAGAGAGAGAGAGAGAGAGAGAGAGAGAGAGAGAGAGAGAGAGAGAGAAAGCAAGAGAGAUGUUAUAUCCACAAUAGGCUCAGAUAGAGAGAGAGAGAGAGAGAGAGAGAGAGAGAGAGAGAGAGAGAGAGAGAGAGAGAGAGAGAGAGAGAGAGAGAGAGAGAGAGAGAGAGAGAGAGAGAUAGAGAGAGAGGGAGAGAGAGAGAGAGAGAGAGAGAGAGAGAGAGAGAGAGAGAGAGAGAGAGAGAGAGAGAAGGAGCAUAAGAGAAAGAGAGAGAAAGAGGAUAAGAGAAAGAGAAAGCGAGAGAGAGGGAAAGAGAGAGAGAGAGAGAGAGAGAGAGAGAGAGAGAGAGAGAGAGAGAGAGAGAGAGAGAGAGAGAGAGAGAGAGAGAGAGAGAGAGAGAGAGAGAGGACCUAGCGCACCAAGUGUGACUGCAUG